AUGAAAGAACUCCUGCGAUACAUACCAGAUGAAAAUUUUGGAUAUAGUCCAAUAGCUCUAGAGACCCUCCUGGGCUUAGCGAGGGCCGGCUCGCUUGAAGAAACGGCCCAGGAGAUUAAAACCGCCCUUAGUUUUCCCCUAAACCCCAAAGAAAUCGAAUCUGUAAUCAAAGAAAUCUAUCCCUUGUUGAAAAGUGCUAAAAGUUUCCAUUUUCUGGCAGCGAAUCGUAUUUAUCUGCAAAACCAAUACUCGAUAAAGAAAGAUUUCAAGACUGUAAGCGAGACAGCUUACAAUAUCCAAAUCGAACAUUAUGAUUCGAAAAGAGGCCGACAAAGUGUAAACGAGUGGGUAAAAAACGCCACCGAAGGGAAAAUCCAGUCCGUCCUGGAGGAUACAGACGUGGAAGCCGCCGCAAAAUGCAUCCUAAUUUCGGCUGUUUACUUCAAACUGAAUUUCUGGAAGUUUGCCCAAAAAGAGGGAAUUUCGAGGAGAGUUUUCACCUCCAAGACUCAAAAGCCGCUCGAAAUCGAAUUUAUGGAAAAAACCGGACUUUACAACUAUUUCGAAAGCCCUGAACUUAAAGCGACAUAUUUAGAGAUCCCGAUUGAGAACAGUUUUGAUCUAGUGAUGAUUCUCCCAAACGGAAAAAAUGGACUUUCCGCUCUAGAGACCAAAAUUAACGACGUUUUCGUCGAGCCGAAAUUUAGUCAAACUAGGGUCACAGUCGCGGUACCCAAACUUUCGUUCGAGUUCAAACAUGACCUCAAGAAAGUCUUCCAACAUCUAGGAAUGUCAAGAGCCUUCACUACCGAUGCAAACAUGAACGGGUUUUUGGCCGAAGCUAAAGUCCUAUACAUCAGUCACGUGAUACAUAAAAGCCUGUUUUAUUUUACAGAUGAUUCGACCGAGCAAGGCAUUAAAGCAACCGCUGCUAAUAAAAGAGUUGGUAGCACUUCUAAGACUUUUAUAGCAGACCACCCUUUCAUAUUUUAUGUAAAAUCGAAAAAUGUUAUCGUUUAUGCCGGAAGAGUGACGCAUCCUACAUAAUAAACUGUUAUUUUA